AUGGAUGGACAAACCGUAACAGCGUCUGUUGUUAGCAGCAUGGUUGCUAGCGUGGUUUUCCAUCCCCUAGAUACAAUGCUCACGGUUCAUCAAACCAAUCCUAAAUCAAGCCUCAUUAUGCCGUUUCGGCGCUACUGGAGCGGACUCGUCCCAUCAGUGGUUUUUUCCGUGCCGGCCCACACUAUAGAUAUUGUGGUCUACCGAGAAGCCAAAACUCUACUGCUACCGUAUCUUGGGUCCGGUUCAGUACUUAAUUAUUUAUGUAGCAGUGCAAUGUCUCAAUUUGUAUCUGCGUUGGUGUGGAAUCCGAUGGAUAUUAUCAAGGGCCGUAUGCAAAUUGGUGAUCCUGUACCCAUGAGAUCCGUAAUGAAACAAAUAUACCGGCAGGAAGGGAUGAGGGGAUUUUAUCGAGGAUUUUGGUUAGGAAUGAGCAUAUACAUGCCGUACAAUCUAGUAUGGUGGACAACGUACGAAGAGGGCAAACGACUUGCUCGAAAUUAUCGCCAAAACAUCGAUCUUACACCACUAGAUUACUUUCUGACAUCUGCAGCAGCCACGACUUUGGGUGAAACCGCGAGCAAUUUUUUCGUUAUUGUAAAGAAACGUACCCAGUUGGCUACUUCCAAGGAGCUGUCCGCGCUUCGACCUGACGAUGCUAAGGGUAUACUUCACGUUGUUCGCAACCUCAUUAAAGAAGCGGGAAUAGCAAAGGCAUUUACCAGAGGGUUGCACAUACGAUUGUUGAGCUCCGUACCAGGCCAUGCGUUGGCUAUGGCAAUAAUGGAGAUGAUAGCACCAGAUAGAGUGUCAUGA